AUGAGGUGCAAGAAGCAUCCGGUGGACCUGAGUAGCAGCGUCGGCGUCUGCGCCUCCUGCCUCCGGGAACGGCUCUUCUCCGUUAUAGCAGCACAGGAGCAAGCCCUGGCUCAGAGACAGACCCAGGCCCGAGGCCGAGAAGAUCGCUUGAAAUUUGAUGCACAGCAACCCCCUCUUGCUUUUCCUCGGUCAGUAUCGCCGUAUAUGUCUCACCGGAAAUCCGACACCGCCGCCGCCACGUGGCAAAUCCACGGCUACGACCAACGGUUCUUCAGUACUCCCCAGGUGGGUCCUACUGGAUCUCUAGCAGUUGAUAGUACCAUCAGCAAGAAGAAACGUGCAAGUGGAAGAUUUUCUUCUCUUUUUACGGGUCUAUUUAGAUCGAAAUCAGGAAAACCCGACUUGAAUUCGAGUCAGAUUUCGAAUCCUGCGGUUUCGGGUCAAUUGAAUUCUCGAGAUUCUUGUAAUGCUUCACCUUCGUGGUUUUCUAACAUUAUUCCCGGUCGGAGGAAAAAGCAGAUUCGGACGUUUUCGCUUGAUGAAAAUGCGAUACGUGCUCAACGGAGGACCUGCCGGAAUAGAGAUCGAGGGAUGUCGCCUGUGAGGUAUUCCGAUGAGGACGAGCAUUGCCAUGGAGGAUCAAGCGGCUACUCGUCGGAGUCUUCGCAAGGGUGGAAGCAAACGCCGCGGAAGACCCCGGCUAUGCGGCGCGGUGGAGGAAGGCAAGGGCAUAGUAGAAAUGUGUCGCACUUGGCGUUUUGCUUGAGUCCAUUGGUUCGCGCCAGCCCAAACCGGCACUGGAAUCAGACGGGAGUUCCGCCGGAGAUGGUUGUCGCUGGUGCAAGCGGAGAGAUAAGGGCUCCAGCAAAGCCAUAUCUGUCCACUGCGGCGUCGUUUGGUAAGAAUCGGUCUCGUAAACUCGCCGAUUUCGGAAGGUACAAUUCUAACAAUUAA